AUUCUCCUUCUUCUGUGGUUAACAAACAGCUUGGAUCCAUGUCACUUGAUGAGCAACAGGAGAGUGAUAAGCCACGAACAGGAACAAGUGAACCAGUUUUGAGUUUGCACUACAGUACAGAAGGAACGACUACAAGCACGAUAAAACUGGACUUCACUGACGAGUGGAGCAGCACAAAUUCAAGCUCUAGAGGGAGUGGAAGUCACUGCAAAACUGAAGGCCAAGAAGACUCUAUAAAAACAAAAGCCUCAGAAGAGUCAGGACCUGAAGAUGAAGAAACAAGAGUUCCUGAUGAAUCUCACAAGGAAGAUGCAAGUGCUGAAGAACAGAAAACUGCAGAUGAAACUGUAGAGAUGCCAGAAGCAACUGUGUCAGAUAAACUUGGUCCUCAGCCUUCUGGAAUCCAACCAGAAGAAAAUGGCCCAAGUGCUGUUGCUGUCUCUGGAAAUGUAGAGGAGGAAGCCUCCUGUGAAACAAGUGCGAAUCAAGAAAUUUCAAGUCAAAGUACUGAAUCCACUGCCAACUCGCUUGCUGCAAACGAUGAACCUCAGCCACACCCAGAAUCCUCAGGGCUUGCAACUCCAGACGAGUCCUCUACCAGGACCUCAGCUCUUCAAGAAACUGAUGAUAGUGAUGAUGAUCCUGUUCUAAUCCCAGGGGCAAGGUAUCGAGGAGGACCAGGACACAGACGAUCUGCUGUUGCCCGCAUUCAGGAGCUCUUCAGAAGGAGGAAAGAAAGAAAAGAAAUGGAAGAACUGGAAACACUGAAUAUUAGACGUCCUUUAAUAAAGAUGGUUUAUAAAGGUCAUCGGAACUCUCGAACAAUGAUAAAGGAAGCUAAUUUUUGGGGAUCUAACUUUGUCAUGAGUGGUUCAGACUGUGGCCAUAUUUUUAUAUGGGAUCGACACACUGCUGAACAUCUCAUGCUGCUGGAAGCUGAUAAUCAUGUGGUGAACUGUCUUCAGCCUCAUCCAUUUGACCCAAUUCUAGCCUCUUCGGGUAUUGAUUAUGAUAUAAAAAUUUGGUCGCCAUUGGAAGAAUCCAAGAUUUUUAACAGAAAACUUGCAGAUGAGGUUAUAACACGUAAUGAGUUAAUGCUGGAAGAGACCAGAAACACUAUUACUGUUCCAGCUUCUUUUAUGUUACGAAUGUUGGCUUCGUUGAAUCAUAUAAGAGCAGACCGAUUGGAAGGUGACAGAUCAGAAGGAUCUGGUCAGGAGAAUGAAAAUGAAGAUGAAGAGUAACCGGCAGUUGUGUGCAAGCACCUAGACAUUAAUGGAAUUUGUAUAAGACAUUAAUUAUAUUUUUCCUUACAGAGCUUUAGUGCAAUUCUAAGGUAUUGCUUUUGGAUAACCUAACCUUUUGUUUUUGAAUGACUGUGUGCAUGACUUUGGGAGAGUGUGCAAGUUAAAAUAAGCAAAAAUGUUUUUAAAACAUUUUGCCGUGUAUGAGGGGUGCUAGAAGAUGCAAAGUGCAAUAUUUUCCUUAACCUGCAAAUGUGGGAGCUUGGAUCAAUGUUUUAAAGUAACUUUCAUUAUAGUAAAAACGUUGGUUCAAAUAAAUUUCUAUACCUGCUGUUUGCAUGUUUGUUGCUUUCUAAUUAAAAGAUUUGGUUGUUUUAAGUA